AUGUACAAUUUCAGCACUUCUUCUGUGACAUCUUCAUGGAGCGCUCACGGAGAGCCAGUGGGUCGCAUAUUGCUGGGUUUCGCUCUUUCUUUGCUCGUGUUGUGGACGCUGUUGGGGAACUCAACGGUGUGCGCCGCGGUUUUGCGCUUUCGUCACCUGAGAGGAAAAGUGACCAACAUCUUCAUCGUCUCUCUGGCCAUGUCAGACCUGCUGGUGGCUGUUCUCGUUAUGCCAUGGAAAGCGGCUACCGAGGUGGCAGGACACUGGUCGUUUGGCUCAUUCUGCGAGUGCUGGGUGGCUUUUGACAUCAUGUGCUCCACAGCCUCCAUCCUCAACCUGUGCGUAAUCAGCGUGGAUCGUUACUGGGCCAUUUCGAACCCGUUUCAAUACGAGAGGAAAAUGAACCGUAAAGUCGCCCUCGUUAUGGUCAGUGCAACGUGGAUUGUAUCGCUGGCGAUUUCAUUCGUACCCGUGCAGCUGAACUGGCACCGGGCCGACCUGGGGACGUUCACCGCAAGCAAUUCGAGCACCAAAGAAAUCUGCGACUCGAGUCUGAGCAGAACUUACGCCAUAUCCUCCUCCCUGAUAAGUUUCUACAUUCCCGUGGCAGUGAUGGUGGUGACAUACACGCGCAUCUAUCGCAUUGCUCAGGUUCAAAUCAAGAAGAUCUCGUCACUGGAGCGCGCAGCGGAGCGCGCACAGGGCUGCAGGGGAGGCGCGCUUACCUGUCCUCACCACCAUCGCGCAAUAAGAGAAACCAAACUCCUUAAAACUUUAUCCGUGAUCAUGGGGGUGUUUGUGUGCUGCUGGUUGCCGUUCUUCAUCCUGAAUUGUGCGGUCCCUUUCUGCCACAAACCAAACUGUGUCAGUGAAUCGACUUUUAACGUGUUUGUAUGGUUCGGCUGGUGCAACUCUUCGAUCAAUCCGAUAAUCUAUGCUUUCAACUCUGAUUUUAGAGACGCAUUUGCUCGUCUUCUGUGCUGUCAUGGCCUAUGCACCAAGGCACCUCUAGCAAUUGAGUCCAAGGAUCAUGUGUCUUGUAAUAAUCAGGGCAGUUCUGUUAACACGUCUAUGGAGGUCGGCUAUGUCAGUUUAGUCCCUGGAGAAGCCGACAACGAAAUGCACUGUCCACUGAUGAAGCUACAUAUGUUUAAAGAUGAGAGUGAGGUUGAUCCGCUUAAUAUCCCAGAUACAGUGGAUGUACUGCAUUACUAA